GAGGGAUUUUUUUGCAGAGUGAGGGUCGUGGGAGACCUUACAACUAAUAGAGGAUAAAAAUAAAAACGGAAUUUAAUUAGAAUAGGAGCAAUGCUCGUUUGAGCAUAUGGCUCUUGAUACCAUAAUAGGAAUUGGAUUGGAAUUAUAUUAGUUAAAGUGGAUUGGUGUUAUAAUAAAAUCUAUAUAUACUAUGAUAGGAAUCAACAUUGGUGGAAACUCUAUCUGACUAGGAGAUCUAACAAUAGGAGUUAUCCUAAGAAUCUAUAAUUACAUGUGGCAAUUGUAGGAGAGGAUAGGAUAGGAUUUUACAAGGCAUAGGACUCUAGAACUGGAACUCUUGCUAAUGUGACAACUUUACCACGGCUAAUGCUAUAAUUUUAUACUACCGCUAAAAGUCUAGUAAAAGUGCUUCCUUUGGAGCACAUUUUUUGUAGUGAAGAAAAAAUUCAAUAUCUGUGUUAUAUGAUUGUUAUGGAGAGAUUUCAUCCCUAUGCUCCUAAGAUGCCAUGUGAUUAUCUAUAAAUUUAUACUUUCUAUUUUUAUAUCAUAUUCUCUCUAUAUUAGAGGAAGGAGAGGCUUGUUUUCAAGAUUGGUAAGUAUACAAAUCUUCAACGCUAAUCCCUUCUCUAGCGAAGUCUUAGCAUGAUUGACAAGUGGGACAAUCUAGACCAUAUUUUAUUUAUCCAACAAUCAGAAUUGUUAGAGUUAGUAAAAGACUUUUUCUAUAUCUAUUCCAAGUAAAAGACUUUUUCUAUAUUGUAGGAGUUGGUAAUAACUGAAAAAAGUUUGAAACAUAGUUAGAAUUUCAUACCCAAUUGCAAUACAAUAUAUUAUCUUUGCUUUAGCAUGAAAUUUGUUAAUUCAAUUAGUAAAAUGUUUGAGUAUCCCCAGGGCUGAUUUCAUAAUAUUUUUUUAAAUAUUAGAAUUUAGAAUAUUAAACGCUAUGUAAAAUUUAUUCUCAUUAUUAAAAAAAAAAAAAAAAUCCUAUUUUAGAGCAUUUUUGCUAUUCAAAUGGCUUGUGUGCAUACUAAUUUAUUUAUUUAUUUUCUUGGAAGGGACUGCAUUUCUUCAAGAAAUUAAGGAUACAAAGAAAAAGCAUAUAUUGGUACGAGAACUGGUACAACUAUUGGUAAAAAGAGAGUCAGAGUACUCGAAAUGGAAUAAAUCUAUAAGCGAUGGAGGAGAAUCAGCAGUCAUAUUAGGCCCUCUACGGGAACAUCCCAUUUUUCUGCGCAAUACAAAUACAAUGAACAACACCCUUGCGCUAGCUGCAAGGAAUGGGAUUGUUGAGAUUGUGGAUGUGAUCCUUGAAGAAUGUCCUUGGGCUAUCGAGUUUGUAGAUGAGAAUGGAAAGAACAUACUCCAUUUAGCAGCUGAGUAUCGCCAAGUUGGGAUUUUUAAGCUCUUAAAAUCAAGGGGAAUUCUUAUAACUAAGAUGGCUGCAGAUGUUGACUACCAAGGCAACACAGCUUUGCAUCUUGCAGCAAAGUAUCAAAAAAAUUUAUAUUAUGCAACAGGAAAUGAUAUGGCAUGGGAGUACCUUUGGUUCAAGAGAGUCAAGAAAAUCUCCCCAGCUCACAUAUCCCAUCUAAGAAAUUCAGAAGGAAGAACAGCUGAAGAAAUAUUCAAUGAUACUCAUGAGAAAUUGUUAUUGGAUGGUGCGGAGUGGGCUAAGAAGACAACAGGUAACUUCAUGGUCAUCUCCACACUGAUUGCCACAGUGAACUUCAAUGCAGCGUUUGCUGUCCCCGGCGGUUACAACCAAGAUUCCGGUAUCCCCAUUUUCGCCACCAAAGCAAAGGAUCUCCCAGCAUUCUAUGCAUAUUCUACAGUUGCAUUGUUCUUCUCUGUUGUCACCCUUGGCUCGUCCUUCUCUGGUUUCCUGUCUCGCUUUCGUAGUUUGGAUUUUUAUUUCUUCUUGCCACUGAAGCAUUUUCUUGGAGGUAGCUCUCUCUUUUACUCUACGUUUUACACAGUUUUAGCAUAUGUACAGGCUCUUACACUUGUGACCUAUGGGCAAACUACAACCCUUGAAGGCUUGGUAGGAUGUUUUGCCGCCGUGGUUGCUAUAGUGACAAUCAAUCUUAUUUUCAUAGAUAUAAUGUUCCCUGCCUUCCGCUACAUGUUUUCACUUCUUAUUCACGGAAUUUCUUGCCUAGACCAGUGGAUGUAAUAUAGAUGAUCAUCUUCAACCAUUGCUUCUUUUGUCUAGACAUAUAAAUGUACUAGUGUGCAUUCUGUUAAAGAGACUAAAAUUUGAUUAUGCAGAUUAUGGGGAAUUGGCCAA